AAUAAAACAUAACCAAUAAAAGAUGACAAAUGACAGCUGAAUUAUUAGCUCUUACUAAGUGUAUAUAAAUGUUUAUUAAAUAAUAGUUAUUAUUAUUCAUUAUAAAUAAAUGAAAAAAAAAUUAAUUAAUUAUUAUAAUCAUGGCCAAUUCAAUUGAUAGCUCACAGUUGUGUAAAAAUUAUGAAUUUAAUUAUGACGAAGUUACGAUGUUGAGAAAAAAAUUACAAUUAAAAUCUGAGGCACUUAUGCUAUUAAGUCAAGAGUUAGAUCAAUGUAGGAUACAACGUGAUCAAUUUAAAUUGAUGGCUGAGCAGAUACAAGAACGAUUUUGGCAUUUUAGAAAACAAGCUAGUGUUACCAGGGAUCUUCAAAAAUAUGACAUGGACGAGGAUUUUCGUACGAUGGAUCUUUUGGCAGAAAUACGGGAACAGAAUAAAUGUUUAAGAUUACAAGUAGAAACAUUACGACAAAAAUUAAGAGACGCUCAGGGAGAUAUUAAAGUUUUAAGGACAAGUAGUAAUCAUUCACAUUCAGAGCCAAGUAGUUCACAAUUAGCUCCUGCUGUUCAUGAAAAAGAAGAGAUGAUUGAGCAGCUUGAAAAAUUAAAUGUUAAAUGUACACAAUUGAAAAAUGAUUUUAAAAAUUUGCUUGACGAAAAACACGAAUUGGAGACAGAACGAGAUGCAUUUAAAUGUAAAUCACAUAGAUUGAAUUAUGAAUUAUCUAAAGCUUUAAAAGCUUCACAGCCAUUGGAUGUAGAUAGUUUAAUUAAUGAAAAUAGAUAUUUACAAGAAAGAUUGCAACAAUUGUUAGCAGAAAAAGACCUUACCCGUCAAUCUCUUUUAAAGUACAAGGGAAUGCUUGAUAAUAAACGAGUAAAAGGUGCUUUAAAAUUAGGUAGUAAUGGGACUAUUGGUACAAUUAUGACCCAUAAACAAGUUGAACAAUUAUUGCAACAAGGUAUUAAUAUACCACCGCAAAAAUCCGCUGCUGCCUUAUCAGAUUUACGUAGUUUGUGUUCAGCACUAUUGGAAGCUUUGAAUGAUAAAACACUGGCACUUGUUCAUCAAAAAAAAGCUAACAAAAUUUUAGCAGCAAGAAUAUGUGAACUAGACAGUGCUUAUCCAUCACCUACAUCAAAACUAUUAGACGGAUAUGUAAGUGCAGAUGUUGAUAAUCUUGAAGAGAUAGAAGAGAUUUCAGAUUAUAAUGAUAAGGAUUUAUUAAAUAAUAUUGAUAAAGAAGAUAAUAGUUUGCAAAUAAAUAGUGAUGUUUCUUGUGAUGAAUCAUCACCAUCUCAUGCAGGUGAUAUUACCUCAACACCAACGUUGCCUCUUGAUUUACCAGAAAAUUUAGGAGCGUUGGUACAAAAAGCAUUACUCGAUUUAAGAGAAAAUCCUAACGAUAAAUCAUGAGGUUUAUAAAAUAUAUAGUUAUUGUUACUAUUUGAAUGUUUGUUUAAGAACCAAAGUUAUAUAUACUCAAAAAUCAUUGCCAAUACCAAAGCUAUUCUAAUCAAGUUAUUUUUAAAAAUUGAUCAAUGUAUAAAAUUUAAAUAUAUUGUAAAUAAUACGUAAUAUAACAAUAUGUUAAUUUUAACGGUCGUGUUUUUUUUUAAAUUAUCAAAUUAAAAUUAUAUUUUAUAAAAAUUCAUUUAAUUUACAUUUAAAUAACUUACACUUAAUUAAUAAACAAAAUAUAUGAUAUUAAUCAUAUUACAGUAAAAAAUAAAAGCGCAGAGUUGAAAAAAACAUUAUAUAUGUACAAAAAAGUAACACAAUAAGACUUGAAAGUCACAGUUAACAAUAUUAAAAAUAUUUUGAAAUCCCUGAAAUUGCAUCAACGAAAAUUGGUUAAAUGUUCCACUUAGAUAAUCCGUGAGUAGUAAAUUACAGAAAUUUCUUUAGAUGUAAUAAUAACAACUAGACUAUCCAAGCAAGGACUCAUUUCUAUAAGUAACCAUUUUAGCUAUAAUCUAUUUUUUGUUUAGAUUUUUAAUUAGAAUUACUUUUAAUCCAGUCGAUAUACUCUGUGACUCGAGUAUAAACACCAGGAUAACCGGGUUCUCCGCAUUUAUUACCAAAUGAAACAAUACCAAUUUGCAUCCAUUUACCCUCAGCGCGUAGCAUCAGUGGUCCACCAGAAUCACCCUGACAAGCAUCUUUGCCACCUUGACUGUAUCCAGCACAAAGGAAGUUUCCAGUUAUUGGUUGAAAGUAAGCAGCAUUACAGUCCUCGUUCCUCCAAACUGGCAAAACUGCUUGACGUUGAACUGUGCUCUCCUUUCCUCCUGCGGAAAAUAACCAAAUGGUUUUUGGUCAAUGUGUCUCUUUGCUUUUGUUAUUUUAUUGCUUCUCAUUCAAAAGCCCAUAACAUUUUUAACAUGGCAAUAAGAGAAAGAAAGCUCAUCAUAAAGAGAAAGGACGUGAUGACCAAACAAACAACUUUAUUGCAUUAAAUAAAAUAUGUGACUUUCUGAGGUACUAUAAUAACAAUAAUAAUAAUAAUAAUAA